AUGCAGUAAUUUUGUUUGCGAUCCGCCUUUAAAAUGAGAGUAGAAGAAGAAGAAGCAGCAUCCGGUUUAAUCCGGAAGAGGCGCCAAAAUCAAAAAGUUUCCCAGAGGAUAAAAGUCUAUGGUUCAAACUCACAACUCAGACUAUUUAACCGAAGAUGGAUCCAACGGCUCGAUUCUUCUCCAAGCUGAGGAAACUGUCUGUGACUUUAGAGACUGAGACAGAGAAGCUGAAGACAGACUUUGAAAACAGAAACAACAACGAAGAUGAUGAUGAUGACAGUGAAACUACAGCGAGAGCGAUGAGAGCGUAUCAUGAGAUGAACUGUGAUGUUGGUAACAUGAAGGGACAGAUCCAGGAACAUUUGGCUCAGCAGAAAGCCCGAGAGAGUGAAGUGAGCAGCUUCAUUAAGUCCUGUAGAGUGAUGAAGCAGAGGGUCACACAGGACAUCCAGACACUGAGGGGACACUGGGAAAAAUAUGGCUACCAAGCUCCACAAGACACCCAGAAACAAACCAAGGCUAAAAGUCAGGGCUCAGAAGCCGAAGAUGAAGCAGCAGACGAGGAUGAAGCUAACGCAGCAGAAGAAGAGGGAAGCCAGGAGGAGGCGAGAGGCGAUGACUCCACGUCGCCUUCAAACCCAGGUCCUCCGCCUUUCACCGAUGUGAUGCGAACCCCUCAGCUCUCUGACUUUGGCCUGUCUGAGAUGCAACUAAAAAGAGCUCUGGCGGGGGCGGCGUGGUGCGCUGAAGUGCCCCCGAUGCCAGAAAUGAGUCUCCCUCACCCUGCACUCAGCUCCCCAGCGCCCCCACCCAUGCCCUUGACUCCAAAAUGUGCCCUGCGGAUGGAUGAUGAUGAGCUUCAGACGCCACAAAUGCAUGACUUUGGGAUCUCCGAGCACACCAUGUGUCUGAACAACGACUUCACUAUGGAUCUCUUCCGGAAGAACGUUCCAAAGCCCCAAAGAGCAUCACAGGACAUGCCUGCACCUCCAGGUAACUCUCUGAUGGAGAGUUUGCAGACUCAAGCAAAUAAGCUGGAGUCCCCAGAGGCGCCCGUAUUUUGCACCCCAGGGUUCAAGAUUAAGAAGACAAACAGUCACUGCACCCCUCAGGCUCCAGGCAGUGAUGAUCCAGGGUCCCCUACUCUGCCUGAAAACCUGUCCACCACCCCUGAGGUCCCUGCCUUUCAAACCCCGUAUGUGAACAGACUGGUCAGCUCUAAAAAGAGAGCAUGGCAGGAUGAGCCCAUCAAAAUGCAAACUGAUGAUGACAGCCACAGCUUUGAACUCCAAACAACCCCUCCUAACGGAACAACCGGCUCCAAACGCACCUGGGAAUACAAUGUACCGGAUAUAUCCAUCACGGGUGCGGAGGACAAGCAGAUGCCAGAGAUGCCAAACCUGGAGUCCCUGCUCGGAAAUACUUUACAAAGUAGAAGUGCAAAAAUGCAGAAGAAGACCAGUGAGUAUAAAGAGACGACCAAGGAGCCCACUGUAAAGAGUCUGGAGCUGGAUGGACACAGCCAGGAGUUCAGCCUUAGGACCCCUAACGCCAGGAUGGACUACGAGGACCCCAGCACCCCGGAGAUGCCUGACCUCAGCUCUGUCACACAGGACAUCUGUAAACUUUUGUCCGAGGCUCAGAAGAAGAAGACUGCCGUGGCCGUUGUGAACCCAAAUAUCAGACCAGAGAAAGACAGAAACAGUCCUCUUUCUACAGCGAGGAGUCUACCUCUGGUGUCAGAGAGCGAGUUCCAGAGUCUACCCAGCUACCUGAAGCAGAUGACUCUCAGCAGCUUAAACCAGGCUGUUCACAGCAUCAACAGAUACUCAGGAGAACAGGCAGAGUUUCAGAUGGAGGAGCUGAGGAGGAUUACUAAUGUUGGACCCCGGACCCCCGUGUACAUCCUCUGUCUGACGGAGCUCAAGAGGCUGAAGCAUGUGGGAGGAGCCAGAAACACCUCUGUGUACACUCUGAGCAUGCACAACUAAAGGCUGCAUCACUCUCAUCCAGAUGAAACCUGUCACAGAGAUGACGGCCCCCUGCUGUGUCUCGUGCUUUCAUAUAUGUACUUUGCAAAAAAGAGACAACACUUAAUAAGAUGAAUCCUGACGUGUUAUCUUGACACUAUAAAGUAAGAUUGGUAAAAAUGAAUUGAUGUUAAAUACCUACACUGUAAAUGUUACUGAAGCAUGGCUCGUUAGUGCACUUCUGUGGCUUUGUUGUAGUUUUAAACUGUCUUGUAUAUAAUAAAAGAUUACACAGUUCUGCUCAGAAUAUUAAUAAACUUGAGAUUUUCAACUUUAAAAAUAAAGUUUGACUAAUGAUGGACAAGGA